AUGCCGGAGAAACGAAAUACGCGAAUUUGUGCAAUUUGCGGCAGCAAAUGCGAUUCGACGACUCAUUUAUAUUCAGUUCCGAAGGAUGACCAUCGUCUUCUGGAAUGGGUUAUCUCAUGCGGUCAGCUUUUACACCCAAAAUCUUUGGUCUGCUCCAAACAUUUCCAGCAGAAUGCCAGUGGCAAUAAAAAAUUGAAAAAAGGAGAUGUACCAUCAGUAUGCCCGAAAAAAGAAGUCAUUCCUUUGCCGGUUCAGCGGUUGGAAGAACCUACUCCUGUAGCAAAUAUAACUACUUCUCUAGUAAACACAACUCCUCCUAUCGAUUCAACUUAUUACAUUAGAGAACAUGAGGUGGAGAGGGUGUACAAAUGUUGUGCUUGUAUGGAAUCUCUUCCUAAUGAAUUAUAUAGUGCUUCCGUCACAAUGUUAUGUUAUGAUGACAAAACGGUGAAAGAUGCUUUGCAACUUAUUCUUGUUCCACAGUUGCACCAAAAAGAAUACUUUGAUGGGGAUGCUAUAAAAUAUGACGAUUUUGUUUGUGAUUCAUGCUUCAUGGUUCUGAGAAAUACACUGAAAUUUGUGAAGAAAUGUCUGGAAAUCCGUGAACAAAUGAAGGAUCAAUUCCAAAAUGAAAAAAUGAAACAAGUGGUCAAAAUUCGAAAGAAGGAAGUGGCUAAGAUGGUUCCAGAUCUCCACUAUGGCAGUUUCCUGCCUUUGCGAUACUCGAAAAUGCCGGAUCACGAUGCAGUCGUCAGUUUCAAGGACGCCGUCCCCGAAUGCCUCAUUUCAUUGCAGCAAAACGGCGUGAAUCUAUUGCAGAACUGCAAAUCGUAUGAAAACUUUUAUGAAAACAAAAGGGUGUUACUGGUGGGAAGUCGCACGUACUUGAAUUGCCCCCGUUGCGACGAACUUUUUGUAUCCAAGGAGAGAAAGAUCAAUCAUUACGCUGAAGUGCACAACCUUUCCAAGGCCUAUCUGAUGGAGCCGAUUCACUACGAGUACGAACCGAACGACUCGAAUGAAUGUCAGGGCUGCGGCAAAGUGUUCUUUAGCACGAGAUCCAGGAACGUGCAUCUCAGCAAGUGCAAAAUGUUCGCUUGUCCGUAUUGCGAUGGAGUGUUCAAUGGAAACAAGAUGUCUGAGCAUACGAAGCAAGCACAUGGAGAUGCGAAUCCAUUCAAGUGCGAUAAAUGCAAACUGGAAAGUUGGAACUACCACGGUCUGAGAAGCCAUAUUUGCAAUGGUCGUAUGUGCGAGCACUGUGGAAGAACAUACUUUUACAAGAGCCGAUAUGUAGAACACAAAAAAAAAUUCUGUAGGAUGAAGACAUGCAGAGAGUGCAAAAAAAAGAUAAGUGUAACACUAUAUGACAAACAUAAGGAAUCGCACAAUAAUUUUCCUUGUCCAAAAUGUGGAAUGGUAUUUAAGUCUAGAUAUGCUAUGAAAAAGCACGUGAACCGGCAUAAAACCAGUCUUUGUCCAAUAUGUGGCAAGGAAUGCAAAAUUCUCGCAACACAUAUGUUGACCCAUGAUGAAAAUAGGACCAAGAAUAUUCCAUGCAACCAAUGUCCUAAACUAUUCUACAGGAUAACCGAAAUGCAAAGACAUGUCAAAAAGGAUCAUUGUGAAAUGAUUAUUUGCGAAAUAUGCGGUGAGCAAGUUAGAAAGUAUUACAUGAAGAAUCACCACAUGGUGAAGCAUACUACUACUAGUAAUACUACUGCUACUUCUACUCCUAAAGAAUAUAAGUGUGAAACAUGUAGCCAAAGUUUCGAAAAUACUCGCGCAUUCAAACUUCAUGUCAGGCGACAUACUGGAUUUUUGGAAAUGAGAAGAAAAAAUUCGAAGAAAUAUGAUUUCAGAAAAAACGAUCCAGUCUUCUGUAAGCAUUGUCUCAAAUCAUUCAAGAAUGUGGUUUAUUUGGAAAAGCACAUGAAGACUCACACGAAUUCCUGUCGAGUUAGGUGCAGAUAUUGUUCCAAUACUUAUGCCAACGUGAAGUGUAGAUGGAAACAUGAAAUGCGACAUCAUAAAGUUACAGGAGAAAAACAGAGGAAAGCCUUGCCUGGCUUCAAGAAAACAAGCGAAUCGAACAUAUGCACAUGCGAGGUGUGCGGCGAACUAUUCCAAAACGUCGAUCUGUUGAACGUUCACAAAGAAGAGUUCCAUAACCUGACGAAGCUGUCGAAUAAAGUAGUCGAUGAUCUGGCCAAAGAAAUGCUGCUGAGUUUUGAAACGUUGGAAUGCGAUGAGUCAUUGUUUUUUAGGGAAGAAUCCGUGUUAGCUGAUAACGUUGAAAUCGUCGUUUCUUAUGAUUCUGAUCAUCAACAAUAAAAUGCUAAAUUAAGUUCG